AAUGAAGACAGAAGCUUUCAAGUAACAUUAAUUUCACCAUAAGAACACAAAAGGAGAACUGUGUUUUCAGUUUUGUGAGCUCGUGAGGACUCUAGACCAUGCCUCCCAGGCCUUCCUCUGGAGAACUAUGGGGCAUCCAUUUGAUGCCCCCCAGGAUUCUGGUGGACUGUCUUUUGCCCAAUGGCAUGAUCCUAACCCUGGAGUGCCUCCGUGAGGCCACUCUCAUUACAAUUAAACACGAACUCUUCAAGGAGGCGAGGAAAUACCCUCUUCACCACCUGCUGCAGGAGGAGACCUCCUACAUCUUUGUCAGUGUUACGCAGGAGGCUGAGCGGGAGGAGUUUUACGACGAGACCAGGAGACUAUGUGACCUCAGGCUCUUUCAGCCCUUUCUGAAAGUCAUUGAGCCUGUAGGCAACAGAGAGGAGAAAAUCCUUAACAGAGAGAUUGGCUUUGCCAUUGGCAUGCCUGUGUGCGAGUUUGACCUAGUGAAGGAUCCUGAAGUUCAGGACUUCAGGAGGAAUAUUCUGAAUGUGUGUAAAGACUCGGUUGAACUCCGGGACGCUAACGGCCCCCACAGUCGAGCUUUAUACGUUUACCCUCCCAACGUAGAGUCCUCACCAGAGCUUCCAAAGCACAUCUAUGCCAAACUAGACAAAGGUCAAAUCAUUGUGGUCAUAUGGGUGAUAGUUUCGCCUAACAACGACAAGCAGAAGUACACGCUGAAGAUCAACCACGACUGCGUACCAGAGCAGGUGAUCGCAGAGGCGAUCCGGAAGAAGACGAGAAGCAUGCUCCUGUCGGCAGAACAGCUGAAGAUGUGUGUGCAGGAGUACCAGGGCAAAUACAUCCUCAAAGUUUGUGGCUGUGAUGAGUACCUGCUGGAGAAAUACCCCAUCAGUCAGUAUAAGUAUGUGAGGAGCUGCAUCAUGCUGGGACGGAUGCCCAACCUCAUGUUGAUGUCCAAGGACAGCCUUUACUCUCAACUGCCCAUGGACAACUUCACCAUGCCCUCCUACGCCCGCCGCAUUUCCACAGCCACGCCCUACAUGAACGGAGAGGCGUCUGCCAAAUCUCUCUGGACCAUCAACGGCACGCUGAGGAUACGGGUCCUCUGUGCCACAUACGUCAAUGUGAACAUCAGGGACAUUGACAAGAUCUAUGUGCGGACAGGAAUCUACCAUGGAGGAGAGCAGUUGUGUGACAACGUUAAUACCCAGCGUGUUCCGUGUUCCAACCCCAGAUGGAACGAGUGGCUGACCUAUGACAUGUACAUUCCUGACAUCCCCAGGGCGGCUCGCCUCUGUCUGUCCAUCUGCUCUGUGAAAGGAAGGAAGGGAGCCAAAGAGGAACACUGUCCUCUGGCCUGGGGUAACGUUAACCUGUUUGACUACACACACACCCUAGUGUCUGGAAAGAUGGCGCUGAAUCUCUGGCCCGUGCCCCACGGCCUUGAAGACCUGCUCAACCCUAUUGGGGUCACGGGGUCCAACCCCAAUAAGGAAACUCCAUGUCUGGAGCUAGAAUUUGACUACUUCAGCUGUCCUGUAAAAUUCCCUGACAUGGCUACAAUAGAGGAUCAUGCUAAUUGGAUCAUAUCCAGAGAGAUGGGAUACAAUUACUGCCAGUCUGGACAGAGCAGCAGGCUGGCACGUGAUCAUGCCAUGACGGAGAGUGACAUAGAGCAGCUGCGUCAGGUGGGCACCAGAGACCCUCUGUCUGAGAUCACUGAGCAGGAGAAGGACUUCCUGUGGAGACACAGACAUUAUUGUGUAAAUAUACCUGAAAUCCUGCCGAAGAUUCUGUUAGCUGUGAAGUGGAACUCCAGAGAUGAAGUAGCACAGAUGUAUUGCCUCCUUAAAGACUGGCCAGCGAUAAAACCGGAACAGGCCAUGGAGUUACUGGACUGUAACUAUCCGGACCCCAUGAUCCGGGACUUCGCAGUACGGUGCCUUGAAAAGUAUCUGACAGACGAUAAACUCUCUCAGUAUCUCAUUCAGCUGGUCCAGGUCCUGAAGUAUGAGCAGUAUCUUGAUAACCCAUUGGUCAGAUUUCUGCUGAAGAAAGCCUUGACCAAUCAGAGAAUAGGACACUUCUUUUUUUGGCACUUGAAGUCCGAAAUGCAUAACAAGACAGUGAGCCAGCGCUUCGGCCUGUUGCUGGAGUCGUACUGCCGCGCGUGUGGGAUGUACCUGAAGCACCUGAGUCGGCAGGUGGAGGCCAUGGAGAAACUCAUUAACCUGACUGACAUUCUCAAACAGGAGAAGAAGGAUGAGACUCAGAAGGUGCAAAUGAAGUUUCUGGUGGAGCAGAUGAGGAGGCCAGACUACAUGGACGCCCUUCAGAGCUUCACCUCCCCUCUCAACCCUGCCCACCAGCUAGGCAACCUACGACUUGAAGACUGCAGGAUCAUGUCGUCAGCCAAGAGACCCCUGUGGCUGAACUGGGAAAACCCUGACAUCAUGUCAGAGCUCCUGUUUCAGAACAAUGAAAUCAUCUUCAAAAAUGGGGACGACUUGCGGCAAGACAUGUUAACCCUCCAGAUCAUUAGGAUAAUGGAGAACAUUUGGCAGAACCAGGGUCUGGAUCUCAGAAUGCUUCCCUACGGCUGCCUCUCCAUCGGCGACUGUGUGGGUUUAAUUGAAGUUGUACGGAGCUCCCACACAAUCAUGCAGAUCCAGUGUAAAGGUGGCCUGAAGGGGGCGCUGCAGUUCAACAGCUCCACACUGCACCAGUGGCUAAAGGACAAAAACAAGGGCGAGAUGUAUGAUAACGCUAUUGACUUGUUUACGCGGUCCUGUGCUGGCUAUUGUGUGGCUACCUUCAUUCUGGGGAUUGGUGACAGACACAACAGCAAUAUCAUGGUGAAGGAUGAUGGGCAGCUGUUUCACAUAGACUUUGGUCAUUUUCUGGAUCACAAGAAGAAGAAAUUCGGUUACAAGCGUGAGCGAGUGCCGUUCGUUUUAACCCAAGACUUCUUAAUCGUGAUUACCAAAGGAAGCCAGGAAUGCACGAAAACAAGAGAGUUUGAGAGGUUCCAGGAGAUGUGCUAUAAGGCUUACCUGGCCAUCCGACAACACGCCAACCUGUUCAUCAACCUGUUCUCCAUGAUGCUGGGCUCUGGAAUGCCCGAGCUGCAGUCCUUCGAUGACAUCGCCUACAUCCGCAAGACCCUGGCUCUGGACAAGACGGAGCAGGAAGCCUUGGAGUACUUCAUGAAGCAGAUGAAUGACGCUCACCAUGGCGGCUGGACCACCAAGAUGGACUGGAUCUUCCACACCAUCCGACACCACGCUCAGAACUGAGCCGGAACACCCGCUGCCCUGACCGGUGGGCUAGGGGGCAGAAAAAGGACUCCUGCCACGGACAAGCUGCCCUCCGUCUGCCAAACGGGAGUUUGGCGCCCUAACCUCAUGAACAAAAAGGAAA